CUUGAGAAGUGCGCACGCGCGCAAGUUUCUGGCAGAAAGCAGGCGAGCCCGGGCCGGCGCGGGGCCUUGUGGGAGGGCUUAAGGAAGUAAAAUGGCGGACCUGGCGAACGAAGAAAAACCUGCCAUUGCUCCGCCCGUCUUUGUGUUUCAGAAGGAUAAAGGACAAAAGUCCUCUGCAGAGCAAAAAGACUUGUCGGAUUCGGGAGAGGAGCCUCGGGGGGAGGCUGAGGCCCCCCACCAUGGCACGGGUCACCCCGAGUCAGCUGGUGAGCAUGCCCUAGAGCCUCCUGCCCCCGCUAGCGCUUCAGCCAGCACUCCUGAAGCCCAGCUUCUUCCUUUCCCGCGAGAACUGGCAGGGAGGCCAGCCGGAGGCUCCAGCCCCGAAGGUGGAGAAGAUUCCGACCGAGAAGAUGGAAAUUACUGCCCUCCUGUCAAGCGAGAAAGAACGUCCUCUUUAACCCAGUUCCCACCGUCACAGUCAGUAUCAAAAAACAAUGUUUUUAUGCCAUCAACCUUCUGCGAGCCAUCUGCAGGCAAUUCUGACUCAGAACCAGAGGAAAAGAGCAGUGGGUUCCGGUUGAAGCCACCAACACUGAUCCACGGCCAGGCACCCAGCGCAGGUCUGCCGAGCCAGAAACCCAAGGAGCAACAGCGGAGUGUGCUUCGCCCGGCAGUGUUGCAGGCCCCGCAGCCAAAGGCACUGUCACAGACCGUCCCCAGCAGCGGCACCAACGGGCUCAGCAUCCCAGCAGACUGCACGGGGGCCACGACGGCCACAUCGCCCGACACCCCCGCGCGGAGAAGUCCGUCUGAUGAGGCGCGAGCGCCUGAGGACAAAGACCCCCAGAAGAAUGAGCCUAGCGGUACCGGGGAGGACUGUGAGAAAGCAGAGCGGGCUGUACAGCAGGCGUUUGUGUUCGGACAGAACCUGAGGGACAGAGUCAAGUUAAUACACGAGAACACUGAAGUGGCUGACAUGGAGAAUGCCGGACAUCCCAGUUCAGAAACGCCGACUGCGACCAACUAUUUCCUUCAGUAUAUCAGCUCCAGUUUAGACAACUCGACCAACAGUGCCGACACCGCCAGCAACAAAUUCGUGUUUGGCCAGAACAUGAGCGAGCGCGUGCUGAGCCCCCCCAAGUUAAAUGAAGUCAGUUCAGAUGCCAACAGAGAAAACGCAGCUGCUGAAUCCGGGUCCGAGUCCUCGUCCCAGGAGGCCACCCCCGAGAAAGCCAAUAACAUUUCAGAGUCCCUGGCUGAGUCGGCAGCCGCCUACACCAAGGCAACAGCCCGGAAGUGUUUGCUGGAAAAAGUGGAAGUCAUCACCGGGGAGGAAGCGGAGAGCAACGUGUUACAGAUCCAGUGUAAGCUGUUUGUCUUUGACAAGGCCUCACAGUCGUGGGUGGAAAGAGGCCGGGGGCUGCUCAGACUCAACGACAUGGCGUCAACUGACGAUGGGACACUACAGUCCCGACUAGUGAUGCGGACCCAGGGCAGCUUGCGGCUGAUCCUCAACACCAAGCUGUGGGCCCAGAUGCAGAUUGACAAGGCCAGUGAAAAGAGCAUACGCAUCACAGCCAUGGACACCGAGGACCAGGGCGUGAAGGUUUUCCUGAUCUCAGCCAGUUCCAAGGACACGGGCCAGCUGUAUGCAGCCCUGCACCACCGCAUCCUGGCCCUGCGCAGCCGCGUGGAGCAGGAGCAGGAAGCCAAGAUGCCUGCCCCCGAACCCGGGGCAGCCCCAUCCAACGAGGACGACAGUGACGAGGACGUCCUGGCUCCAUCAGGGGCCACCGGAGGCGGUGCUGGCGAUGAAGGGGACGGGCAGACGGCCGGGAGCACAUAGCGCCGGGAGCCGGCUGCCCGCGAGCCUGCUGCUUUGUCCGUCUGUCCGCCCGCCCGCCCCGCCCCGCCCCGCCGGCAGUGUUGAGGCGUGGGGCUCGGGAACCACACUCCCCGCUGGGUUGGCCACAGUUCGGAUCCGCAUGUCCCGUUCAGAAGCAGACUCGGGAACUGCCUGAAUGUGGUUUGGGACACGAGACCUCAUCAUAUUGAUGAGCAAAACGAAAAAGAACAUUUCUUCCCUCCCCUCCUUUGAAUCGAAAUGGCACAUUAAGACUUGUCACGGCUUCUCACUGGGACUGGGACACCUUGUUUCUUCACCCCUCCCUCCUCGUGUCCCCGGCCUCUGUCGCCGCCGCCCACCCAGGCGGGUCUGUCCACACGAGCAUAAACACUGGGCCUGCUGGACACUUUGUUAACCACCAUCUUUGUCUCCGGUUUCCCACCUUCUGAUUUGGGGCUUAUAUUUUUAGAUCUUUUCUUCCCCGAAGCUUUGUGUUUGGUUUCUUAGGUUAAGACUCUCCUGUGCAUCGAUUGGGCACAGCUCCAUCCUGGGCCACAUCCUCCUCCUCCCUAUGCUCCUGGCCUCUGUGCUGGGGUGGGGGUCAGGCCCCCGCUUGUUCCCUACCCAGGGGUGCUUCAGGCCCAGUGCUGACGUGUUGAGGGGUUGGGCCCCAGACCUGGAGAGAGCUUACCUAGAAAAGGGUCGCUGGACCCUGGGAGGGUCCCCAUGCACCUUCCUGCCUGUCCCCAUCACGUCGGUCACCCAUCAUCUGGCACCCGGGCGCAGAACUGCUUCCUGCCGCUGGCCGUUCCCUGCCCAGCCCUGGACCUCACCGCCCCCAAGACCAUCCAGGGCUGGGGUCCUCUGUGAGAGGCAGAGGGGGACCUUGGCAGGGCCUUCGAGGAGGGGGCAGGGGACUGGUUCCCGGCAACCGGCCAUCCCCCACGGGAGCAGGCGCUACGCCCACCCCCCACCCUGGAGCGUGGCCAAGAGCCAGCCGGGCAUCAUGCACCUGGGAAGGCCUGUGAAGAUGAUCCUGUGCACAGGGCUCCAAGGGAUUUCAGAGGAAACUGCCCAGCCCUGCCCUCAGAGGGUGAGAAGGCCUCAUCUGUGCAGCUACACCACCCACACCUCGGGUCGGUCGUGUGCAGCCUGAGCCUGAGCCAUGGGAAGACACCAAAGGCCCUCCCAGCAGAUCCGGUCACACUUCUCUGCUUUAAGCCUUAGCCAACUAGUGACAAGUAAAACCAGAUAAUGCCCAUGUGUUUUGGAACAUUUAUGUAAGAUUGUCAUAUGAAAUGUAUUUGGGAACUACAUUAAAACUUUUAACUAAAA